AUGAUUCCCAAAAAGAUCUAUGAGCUCUGCCAGCGCAGCGAGACAAUUACUGCCGAACUGGCCAAAGAUCCGUCCCUGUCUCCUCACGAGGCAGCCAAGAAGCUCUUUGGUGUUGACCUCGAUGAUGAGGUCGUCACCAAGAAACUGGACCUGGGAAAGGAAGAACCGAGUGACCUGGAAGAGGCCCGACAAUGUGGAAAAUGGGGCAAUUCCAACCCCAGCGAUUUGUUUCUGAGGAUCUACCACGAUGUCUUGUGCACGUUGGAAAAGAACCCUCUCGUGGGCUUAUGUUCGCCGUCGCUCCUCGGAAGUAAUGGAGUGUGCCCGCUCACAAUCAUGGCGAAUGUCCCCGACAUCUGCCGGCACAUGUCCAACGUGAUCGCGAGGGCAGAACAAGAGGUCUUCCUCGCGACCAACUUCUGGAUGUACUCAGAGCCCACCAGGCUGAUCACCAAUGCGCUGAAAGAGCUGUCGAGGAAGGCUGUCCUGACAAACCGCCGAGUCGUGGUCAAGAUCAUCUACGACCGGGGAAGUGCGAAGCAGUUGGUAAAAAACCACCUCAUAGUGCCACCGAACGAAUUUGCAGACCCCAAUGGCAAAGUUCGAAUCCCUCAUCCCGAUGAGCUGCCCAACAUCGAUCUCGAAGUGAUGAAUUUCCACCGACCCAUGUUCGGGACGUUCCACGCUAAAUACAUGAUCGUGGAUCGCCGUAUCGCCAUUGUGCAAAGCAACAACAUCCAGGACAUCGACAACCUCGAGAUGAUGACGCAGUUGGAAGGACCCAUUGUGGAUUCAUUCUAUGAUCUUGCGCUCAUUUCAUGGCACAAUGCGCUGCACCCACCCUUGCCGCUGCUGAACCGACCUGCUGCGGACUUGCCCAUUCCCACAUUCUCGACCGACAGCUAUGCCACCAUGUUCGAUGAGAAUGGGAAGCUGGUCCCCGUGUAUCAAGCGCCCACGCCGGUUCCGGGCGGACACGAGAGCUUGAGGGAGAUCGCCGAGCAUGGAUCGCAGAUGGACUUGCCCCAGCACACAUCGGAAGACCCCCACUACGACCCUGACAUCAAGUCGGAGGUGCUGCGCGCCGUGGCAUUUUUGAAUCCACGGGAAGGAGAGAGCCGGAUCAAUGCAAUCACCCGCCUCCUCAACACGACGAUCCAACCGAACACGAAAGGGAGCGCGCCGGAUAUUGAACCAGCCGACGCGAUGACCCCUCUCAUCCCCAUACCACGACAUGACCCUUUUCCGAUUGCCAUGGUAUGCCGACCGCCAUGGGGAUCACCCACCAAACACAGUUUGCACACGCCGCAAAAUGAGGCAUUCACAUCUGCCCUUCGUCAUGCGACAAAGUCGGUCUUCAUUCAGACCCCCGACUUGAACGCCGAAGCCCUCCUGCCCGAAAUCGUCGCCGCUUGCAAACGAGGGGUCAAGGUCUCCUACUACUACUGUCUGGGAUACAACGACGCGGGAGAACUGCUGCCUAUGCAGGGCGGACAUAACGAAAUGAUCGCGCAUGGACUGUACCACGAGAUCGGCCCCGAAUAUCGCGACAACCUGGACAUCUAUGUCUACGUGGCCAAAGAUCAAAUCCAUCCGAUCCACAACAAGUUCAAGCAGCGGUCAUGUCACAUCAAGCUGAUGGUGGUGGACGACCACAUUGGGAUUCAAGGCAACGGGAACCAGGACACACAGAGCUGGUAUCACAGCCAAGAAGUGAACGUCAUGAUUGACAGCGCGUUGGUGGUGGGCAAGUGGAUGGAAGGGAUCAGACAGAAUCAAAACACGCACAUCUACGGGAAAGUGCAGAACGACGGACCUGAUGCUGGAUGUUGGAAGGAUCCCAAGACUGGGCAACAGGCCGAGGGCGCGAUUGGCGUGGAUGCAGGCAAGUUUGCAUGGGCCAAGGGGAUGGUCGGGGCGGUGCAACGGGUACGGGGGGUGGGCGGAUUUUGA